UCGUUCUAGAUCAAGAUCUAGACACAGACAUAGAAGUAGAAGUAGAAGCAGGACUAGGAGCAGAAGCAGAGAGAGAAAGAAAUGAACUGAAAAGGAAGCUGAAUAUUCUCACUCGUCCUAGUGGAAUUUCAGUGGACAGCUCUAAAUAUGAUGGGCCUCUGCUGCAGAUUUUAUUUAUGAACAAUAUCAUUUCAAAGCAAUAUCAUCAAGAAAUUGAAGAUUUUGUUUUUAAUUUAGUUCAGAAAUAUGAAGAGCAACAGAGAUCUGUGCCAGAAAAAAGCCACUUCAAUCUUAAGCCACAGCCCUCCAGUGUAAUUUUAGAAGAGGAUUUUAAAGCAGCAAGCUCAAAUUCUGUUAAAAAAAUGAAGGAAGCCUUCAGUGUUGUAGGAAGUGUUCUGUAUUUUACCAAUUUUUGUCUUGAUAAACUGGGACAGCCUAUAUUAAAUGAAAAUCCACAACUGACAGAAGGAUGGGAAAUACCUAAAUACCAGCAAGUUUUCAGCCAGAUUCUCUCCCUAGAUGGACAAGAAAUACAAGUAAAACCAAAAAGGCCAAAACCUCAUUGUUUUAAUUGUGGUUCUGAAGAGCAUCAAAUGAAAGACUGUCCAAAGCCACGAAAUGCUGCUCGCAUAAGUGAGAAGAGAAAGGAGUAUUUGGAAGCCUGUGGCGAAGCAAGCAACCAGAAUUAUCAGCAGCGUUAUCAUGCAGAAGAAGUAGAAGAGAGAUUUGGAAAAUUUAAACCAGGAGUAAUUAGUGGAGAGCUUCAGGAUGCACUUGGUGUCACAGAUAAGAGUCUUCCUCCAUUUAUAUAUCGUAUGCGUCAGCUAGGUUAUCCUCCAGGUUGGCUCAAAGAGGCUGAAAUGGAGCACUCGGGUCUUGCACUUUAUGAUGGAAGAGAUGACGGUGAAACAGAAGAUGAAGGAUCCCAUCAACCCAAACGUGUCACUUACGAUGUCUCUAAGUUGAUAAACUAUCCAGGGUUUAAUAUGUCCACUCCAAGUGGGAUCCCAGAUGAAUGGCAGAUAUUUGGUUCCAUACCCAUGCAGCCAUCUCAACAGAAGGAUGUUUUUGCAAACUACCUUUCAAAUUUUCAUGCGCCAAGUACAAAGUCAAGCAAUAAAAGGGCUGCAACACAAUCAAGCUCACAUCCUUCAAAGCGACCAAAAGAAGACAGUUCAGAGCUACCAGCAGCUAACAUGGACCUAGACCCUGAUUUGGAAGUGUCACAAAGGUCUCAAACCCGUAACAGUUUUCAGUUCCAGCCUCCGUUGCCACCUGGACCUCCAGCGAGUUCAGCUCCUCCUCCUUUACCACGAGGGACACCUCCACUUACUCCACCACACUCUACACGACCUCAGCCUCUGACCCCCACCCCUCCUCCUCUUCCUAAGAGUACUCCACCACUGACUCCUUCCAGUGUUACUUCUCAGCCAAAAAUAGUGGACUCAACCAUGGACGAGGAUGCUCUGACUUUAGAAGAGCUGGAGGAACAGCAGCGAUUAAUUUGGGCAGCGCUAGAGCAGGCAGAAAGCACAAACAGUGACUCCGAUAUUCCUGUUGAUACACCUUUAACUGGAAACUCUGUUACAUCAUCACCAUCCAGGAAUGAAGUAGAACUUGUUGCAGAAGUAAGAUCAUCUGACAAGGUGGUUACAGUAGAAACUGAGUUUUCUGACAUUAGUUCACAGGUACCAGAAAAUGAACAUUCUAAGACUAGUCCUAAUCCAGGGGAUAGUUCACUUAUUUUAGAGGAGAAUCCUGAUAAUGCAGAUUCCAAAGGCAUGCUGGAUGACAUCACCACGGCUCCCAAAGUUGAGGUUAGCAGUGGAGGAAGUACAGGUGUUAAUCAAGUGGUCACAAGCACUGAAUCAUCUGCUAAAAACUCCAGUUCCAUUCCUGACAUGAGCAAGUUUGCUGCAGGAAUAACACCAUUUGAAUUUGAAAAUAUGGCAGAAUCAACAGGUGUUUAUCUUCGCAUACGAAGUGUUUUAAAAAAUUCCCCUAGAAACCAGCAAAAGAAAAAGCCCUAAUCUUAACUGAUCUUCCUUUCUUCUGUUA